UAACUUGUUUGGAUUUGAACUGGGCUUCGUCCUGAGGCAUCAGAAUUGUCAAAAUGUGCUCAAGAUAUUUGGGAUUUAUUCUUCUGGUUUGGUUUCCAGGAGCACUACAUGCACAAAGUGCAGCUCUGCAUUGUCCUGCUCCCUCACUGGUCCGUGGUUAUUUCUUCCCUGUUAAAGAAACGUAUUCUCAUGACUCCAAGCUCACCUAUGCCUGUAGAAACACACAUAAACCUGCUGUGCAGGGUUGGUGGGCAGAAAGCGUGUGUCAACAUGGCACAUGGUCUCAUACGCCACGAUGUAUAGAGGAACAAGCCUGCAUUCCGCCAACUAUUGCCAAUGCAAAAUACACAGAGGCCUCAGAAGGUUGGUAUGAGGAGGGACACAUCAUCAGGAUCACAUGUGACAAAGGAUAUGAACACAAAGACAACAUCGCAACAGCAAAAUGUAUAAAUGGGACGUGGUCCUCUUUGCCCAUGUGUGAGAUAAGCAUCAAAACGUGCAGGGCGCCCCCUAAAAUCGCACACGCUGUAAUCGUUGACCAGGGAUACCAGGAGCUGUUUCCUGAAGAUACAGAAGUGAAAUAUGAAUGUGAAGAUGGAUACAGCAUAGAGGGAUCACACAAUUAUACACUUUUCUGUCUGGCUGGAACCUGGACUGAAGGCCCAAUGUGCAGUAAGUGGACAAUAUGCAGAUAGGAUCAAGGGCACAUCAUUGACUACAUCUAUCUCCAACUAUGUUCAAAUAAAACAAGCUGCUCACAUAAAAGACUUAUUUGUGGUC